AUGCUGCAGUACCACCCCGGGCCUGUGGGGGUGGACCCUGACAUGCUGCAGUACCACCCUGGGCCUGUGGGGGUGGACCCUGACAUGCUGCAGUACCACCCUGGGCCUGUGGGGGUGGACCCUGACAUGCUGCAGUACCACCCUGGGCCUGUGGGGGUGGACCCUGACAUGCUGCAGUACCACCCUGGGCCUGUGGGGGUGGACCCUGACAUGCUGCAGUACCACCCCGGGCCUGUGGGGGUGGACCCUGACAUGCUGCAGUACCACCCCGGGCCUGUGGGGGUGGACCCUGACAUGCUGCAGUACCACCCCGGGCCUGUGGGGGUGGACCCUGACAUGCUGCAGUACCACCCCGGGCCUGUGGGGGUGGACCCUGACAUGCUGCAGUACCACCCCGGGCCUGUGGGGGUGGACCCUGACAUGCUGCAGUACCACCCCGGGCCUGUGGGGAGAAACCGCAAAGAAACCGCAGAGAAACUGCAGAGAAACCGCAAAGAAACCGCAGAGAAACUGCAGAGAAACUGCAGAGAAACUGCAGAGAAACCGCAGAGAAACUGCAGAGAAACCGCAGAGAAACUGCAGAGAAACCGCAAAGAAACUGCAGAGAAACCAGAAACCGCAAAGAAACUGCAGAGAAACCGUAGAGAAACUGCAGAGAAACUGCAGAGAAACCGCAGAGAAACUGCAGAGAAACCGCAAAGAAACUGCAGAGAAACUGCAGAGAAACUGCAGAGAAACUGCAGAGAAACCGCAGAGAAACUGCAGAGAAACCGCAAAGAAACUGCAGAGAAACUGCAGAGAAACCGCAAAGAAACUGCAGAGAAACCGCAGAGAAACUGCAGAGAAACCGCAAAGAAACUGCAGAGAAACUGCAGAGAAACUGCAGAGAAACUGCAGAGAAACCGCAGAGAAACUGCAGAGAAACCGCAAAGAAACUGCAGAGAAACUGCAGAGAAACCGCAAAGAAACCGGAGAGAAACUGCAGAGAAACCGCAGAGAAACUGCAGAGAAACCGCAAAGAAACUGCAGAGAAACCGCAAAGAAACCGCAGAGAAACUGCAGAGAAACCGCAAAGAAACCGCAGAGAAACUGCAGAGAAACUGCAGAGAAACUGCAGAGAAACCGCAGAGAAACUGCAGAGAAACCGCAGAGAAACUGCAGAGAAACCGCAAAGAAACUGCAGAGAAACCAGAAACCGCAAAGAAACUGCAGAGAAACCGUAGAGAAACUGCAGAGAAACUGCAGAGAAACCGCAGAGAAACUGCAGAGAAACCGCAAAGAAACUGCAGAGAAACUGCAGAGAAACUGCAGAGAAACUGCAGAGAAACCGCAGAGAAACUGCAGAGAAACCGCAAAGAAACUGCAGAGAAACUGCAGAGAAACCGCAAAGAAACCGCAGAGAAACUGCAGAGAAACCGCAAAGAAACCGCAGAGAAACUGCAGAGAAACUGCAGAGAAACUGCAGAGAAACCGCAGAGAAACUGCAGAGAAACCGCAGAGAAACUGCAGAGAAACCGCAAAGAAACUGCAGAGAAACCGUAG